AUGUAUUUUGUGUUCACACAGAUUUCCAAGACAGGAAAGGAAAUCAAGGAGUACGUGGAGGCCCAAGCAGGAAGCGACCCUCUUCUCAAAGGUGUCCCCGAGGACAAGAACCCCUUCAAGGAGAAAGGUGGUUGUCUGAUAAGCUGA